AUGUCAAAGCCAUUUCAAUCGAUAAACGAUGUAAUCAAUACAACAUCUAAACAUAAGCAACAGUCAUUCAAUGAAUUAUACGGAGAACCCGAAAACUUUUUAGAAAUUGAGGUACGAAAUCCACAAACACAUUAUGGAAAAGAGCUCUUUACUGAUUAUGAAAUCAUAUGUCGAACCAAUAUACCAGCAUUCAAAAAGCGUAACAGCAGAGUACGGAGAAGAUAUUCUGAUUUUGUCAUAUUCAGAAAGCUUUUGGAACAAGAAACUACUAGAGUUAUAAUACCGCCAUUACCGGGGAAGAUAUUGCUUAAUUCCAAUAAGUUUAACGACCUUAAUAUUGAGAAAAGAAGACAAGGUUUAGAAAAAUUCAUAUCGAUUGUUAGCGGGCAUCCGUUGCUACAAACAGGGUCUAAGACAUUAAUUGAAUUCAUUCAAUCCGAUAAAUGGGAGCCAAGAGGCUACUACUAA